AUGGAAAUCAACCUUGAAUAACUUGACAACAAGAAGAACUAUCAAGAGAAUCCAGUCGUCGCUCCGAGAGCAGGAAUAUACGAUUUGACAAAGCCUGGCGAAAAAAAAUUGAAUAUCAUCCCAGUUUCUGCACGAUUUGCAAACCACAUAUCAAGAAAAUGAGCUACUAUCCGACUUCAACUACCUCCGUACAGACUGUUGGUCUGAGGGAGGUAUGCGAGGUUAAUGGUCGUGGCUUCUGGAGGAGAAAAGGCACUCAACAAUGGAUCGAAUAUGAUCCCGGGAACCUUUCUCUGCCUCCCGCCGAGGCUCAGCCUCUCUACCUCUCACUUGUUCAAGAAGCACAGGGUGAAGGUGAACCUCUACACUGGGCUCUCCACGUCGGCUGCGAAAAUCAGCCUGGUUCGGAGUAUCAAGUUACUGGAGACGCAGAAUGCAUGGUAUACCAGCCAGCAAAUGAUGCCGACAUAACGAACUCUGAAUCUUUUUUGAACCUGUAUCAACUGGCUGUUGUGACUGAGGAGCAAGCUAUGGUGGUGAAACAAAUUGCAGACAGCGAACCACCUCCUCGAGCUCCCAACCGGCAAUCUGUCACAGAGAACUGCCAAGGGUGGACGGUGCGAGUUAUUGCCAAGUUGGUUGAAAGAGGAAUCGUGCCAAGUGGAAAGCUUCAAAUGGCAAGAUCUAUGAUGCAGCCAGUUUGAGGCAGAUAGUGGACCGCAGCCAUUGACACGAAUUAGACAACAAUCUCCUUUUCUCUUCAACUCUCCAAUUUCUUUUCUUUCAUGGAG